AUGCAUGUCAAGAUAGAGGCCCUCGCAGCGGUGGCUGCCUGGGCUAUAACCGCAACCUGCCUAACCGUGCCCGUUGCCCGCGAUGGGCUCGGGGGCAUUUGCCCGCGCGGAGAUGCCGACUUGAAGGAGCUGGGAGCGAAGCUCUCGAGCACCGGCAAGAUCUAUUUCCCAGGGUCGGCUGAGUUUGAACAGGCGACCACACGGUGGUCUGUUCUGGAGGCCCCCAAAGUUAAUGUUGUCGUGGUUCCUGGGACGGAGAACGAUGUUGUUGAGACGGUGAAAUUCGCCAACAAGAAGAACUUGCCCUUCCUGGCGUACAAUGGCGUGCAUGGAGCUAUUACCACCCUCGGCAAGAUGGACCAUGGCAUCGAGAUCUACCUGAAUCAGUUGAGCAGCGUGGAAAUCUCCAAGGAUGCGAAAACAGCAAAGAUCGGAGGCGGCACCAUGUCCAAAACCGUCACCGACGAGCUUUGGGCCGCGGGAAAGCAGACUGUGACGGGCACAUGCGAAUGCGUCAGCUAUCUUGGACCUGCCCUUGGAGGUGGGCACGGAUGGCUUCAGGGACACCAUGGGCUUGUUGCAGAUCAGUUCGUCUCCGCAAACAUUGUCCUGGCCAACGGCAGCUUGAGGACGAUCGACGCAAAGUCCGACCUCUGGUGGGCGCUCAAGGGUGCGGGUCAUAACUUUGGCAUUGUGACCUCUGUGACCACAAAGAUCUAUGAUAUCCAGCACUCCGACUGGGCAAUCGACACGCUCAUCUUCAGUGGUGAUAAAGUCGAGGCCGUCUACCAAGCCGCCAACGAACAUCUCCUCAAGAACGGCACGCAGCCCGUGGAUCUCAUCAACUGGUCGUACUGGCUCAACAUCCCGACCGCUGACCCGAACAACCCCGUCAUCCUAUUCUACAUCAUCCAGGAAGGAGUGCAGACAGUCGACCCAGCCUACACAAAGCCCUUCCACGACAUCGGCCCGCUGUCCGCCGAAUCUCUCGGAGGAAGCUACACUGAUCUUGCUGGAUGGACCGGCAUUGCCACGACCUCCCCGCCAUGCCAAAAGGCCGGGCUCGUCAACCCCCGCUUCCCCAUCUACCUCCAAGGAUACGAUGUCCCUGCCCAGAAGAAGGCGUACGACAUCUUCGCCUCCGCCACCCGCGGGUCCUCGGCUUUCAACAACUCCAUCUUUAUGUUCGAGGGUUAUUCCAUGCAGGGUGUCCGGGCCAUCAACAGCAAAUCCAGUGCCUUUGCCUUCCGGAAUGAGAACCUCCUUGCCGCCCCGCUCAUCACCUAUGCGCCCGCCGGUCCAGAGAUCGACAAUCAGGCCGCCCAGUUGGGUAAUCAGCUCCGUCAGAUCCUUUACCAGGCCAGUGGGCUGAAGGAGAUUGGCGCCUAUGUCAACUAUGCCUAUGGGGAUGAGACGCCACAGCAGUGGUACGGGAGUGAACAGUGGCGUCAGGAUCGCCUGCGGGCCUUGAAGAAGAAGUAUGACCCGGCGGGCAAGUUUAGCUUUUAUGGCCCAAUCGCGUAG